AUGAACUCACAGAAAGUGUUUUUAAGCGAGUUAAACGAUGAGGGAAACACUGGUGGGCGUAAAGCUUCGCGUAUCGAACUCAGAACGCUUAGAGAUGCUUAUAAUUUAAAGCCAUUGACGUCUCCAACUCCGAUUGUUCACGACGAGCCAGAAUGCGAGCUUAAGAGAGUCACCGCCUACUGCACUGCGGAGUCUUACAAUCUGAUGGGUCUAUGCAAGCUUUUUAAGGAAAAAGUAUCGACCGAGAAAAAGGUCCAAAUGUAUUUUGAAGAGUGUCUUUACAUCAGCUUCGAAAUUGAAGAAAAGAGAAUAGCGUAUCUCUACUUCCUCCACUACGGAGCAGUUGUAAUGUGGGGACUGAGUGAAAGCGAAGAGCAGGACAUUCUUAGGCUCAUUUCACACUUUCAGGAGAAUCCGUAUGAUCGAAAGGCUAUUGAAACUGAAAACUUCAUGUAUGGAAUAUCAAAGAACUCACAGAUUGUCAACGAUAAAAUUUUCCUGAGGGAUGAAAAUAUACACACGAAGAUGGUUUUAAGUAUUGCAAUGGCACAAUCCGUUAAGCUGGACUACUACGAAGAGCUUGUGGACAAUACGAUAGAUGCAGUCAAGGGUCUGCCGGACGAAGUCGAGAAAGAGGGCAAAGUAGGUAAAAAAAGGGAGGAUAUAAUGAAAGUCACAGGCAAAUUACACAAGCUUAGCUUCAAUCUCAAUAUUGUUUCCAACAUUUUGGGUGAACCCGAGUUUGUCUGGGAAUAUUCUGCCUUUUCAUCUCUUUACGAAACCUGCAUUAAGUAUCUUGAUAUUAAAACACGUGCAAACCUGCUGAAUAAACGGUGCGAGAUUAUACAUGGGAUAUUGGAAAUCCUAAGUGAUAAUGUCACCACACAGAACUCAGAAAGACUAGAAAGUAACAUGGCGAAGAUUUCAUAUAUCACAGCUGCUACGGGGAUAAUCCAGUGUUUUCUUCUUUGUAUAUUUUUGUAUUACACACUAGUAUUGAAAAAAUAA